AGGAUCUAACCAACAUGGUGUUCAAGCUGGUGGUCGAGUCUCAGCCGCAGAGGCAACAGAUGGCCAGAGCCGUCGACGCCCUGGCGGAGCGCAUCAGAGCCAUGGAGACCAACUUCCAGGAGCUCAAGGCCGAGUUGGACAAGAAGACGGGCCAUAAUUUGGGGGAGGAGUUCGAGAGCAUCAAGAGGGAGCUUUUCUCACUCUCGAAGUUCACGUCAAAGGAGACGGAGGACAAGCGCAAGAGGCUAGAUGUCCUUCACACAGACAUCGCGACCGUCCACAAGACCGCGCAGUCCUCCCUCCUCGAGACUCUCGACAAGCACCUCGACAAGCUCACGGACUCGAACUCCAAGGUGCUCACCCAGCUCACCAGCGAGCACCAGAGCAUGUUCGGGGUCUCCCUCAUGGGCAUUGUCUUUAUACUGAUCGGGGGGCUCUCCCUCUACAACAAAUUCCGAUGCUGGGAGAAGAAGCACAUCCUGUAGCAGCCGUGUCCACCUCCCCCCUUCUUCGGCGGUUGCCAGAGGUGCCCCUGGCCCAGGGCGGCCCCAGGACUUGCACGGACGCCCCAUCGGCCUCGAGGGCACCCAGGAGGGGCCCUCGGGGCCUGAUGAGGGGGUGCCCAACGUGGCCG